AUGGCCAAUAAUCGCGUUCCUAUCAAUUACGAGGUUCCUUCUUUUCCGUCGUUAUACGAUCCCCUGCCGUCGCAUCACCAGCAGGCAUAUUACCUCUACUACACGAAGGACAUAUGGCGGUUUACACUAUUCUGGACACUGGCGUUUUACGCUGCAACACAUUUGACCGUUGCUGCAUGUGCUAUGAUAACACAGCGCCGUAACUGGACUGUGAUAUGGAUCAUACCGUUGGUGUACAGUUUCAUCGCAGCCCUUGAGGGGCUCCUGGCUGGGAGCAUAGUUGGACUUGUUCUCGGCGCAGUGUACGAGGCAGGCAACUUCAGGAUGUCGACUUGGCUGCCUAUGAUAUGGGGCGGUGUCAACGUGAUGCUCCUCAUUGUCACUAGCUUCCCCAUGCAAGGUGGUCUUUAA